GCUUAUUGUUUAUUAUUUGUUUAUAUUUUUCGUUUAAAUUAUAAUCUUUACGCAAAAUGAACUUUAAUGACGUAAACAUUCCUGAAAAACUUGUUCCAAGUAACUACAUGCAGUUGGGAAUUGCAGCAUUACGCAGCAAGCAGCGCCAAUUUAAAGAGCUUCUGGAAAAGAGAGCGCUACCGGAGAAUGGAUGGUCGGAUGAGGACAUAGAGGAGCUAGUGCACCAGCUGUCGUCUCUGGAUAGUAACAACUUCCCGCACAAACUAGGAUUGGGUGAGCGAGAGGCACGCAUUGCUUGCAGACUUGUGGCCCGAAGACACUAUAACUUUGGUCAUGGGAUUGGACGGUCAGGAGACCUGCUGGAGGCACAACCAAAAGCGGCUGGAUCUACACUGCUGGCUCGACUCACAAACGCGCUUAUUCUGGACCUUAUGCGCUCCAUCGGUCUGCCCAGUUGCUCAGGAUGCUUCCUAGUUCCGAUGUGCACAGGCAUGACAAUAACUCUGUGCCUGCAGAGUUUACGCAAAAGAAGACCAAAAGCAAAGUACGUCCUCUGGUCGCGCAUAGAUCAGAAGUCUUGCUUCAAAGCAAUAACUGCAGCUGGGCUAGUACCAGUAAUCAUUCCUUGUGAGGUGCCGAAUCAAGCGCUUUACACAGAUAUAAAUAUGUUUCGCGAUAAGAUUCAAGACCUGGGAGCUGAUAAUAUUCUUUGUCUUUACACGACUACAAGUUGCUUUGCGCCCCGCAAUAGCGAUGACAUUGUGGAAGUCGGAAAAAUGGCAAGGCAAUCAGACAUUCCCCACCUGAUUAAUAAUGCGUAUGGACUACAAUCAACGGAUACCCUCCGACGAUUAGAGAAGGCCAAUCGAUUAGGUCGCAUUGACUAUUUCGUCCAGAGCAGUGACAAAAACCUCCUUGUGCCUGUCGGCGGCGCCAUUGUCGCCAGUUUUGAUGAUAAACUGCUUAAUGAUGUAGCUAGUAGCUAUGCUGGUAGAGCCAGCGGUUCUCAGACUCUGGACGUGUUUAUGACUCUACUUUCACUGGGUCGGAAAGGUUACCAAUCGCUUUUCACACAGCGCGAAGAGAACUUUGCCUACCUCAAAGAUCGUCUGGGAAAAUUUGCUGAGAGCCAAGGAGAAACUGUGAUCGGAACCCGCAGCAAUUUAAUUUCCAUAGCCAUCACUUUAAAGAACUUGUUAAGAGACUCCAACGACAGCAAGGAUAUAACCCAACUUGGUUCCAUGCUUCAAUUGCGUGGGGUUUCUGGUGCGAGGGUUGUGGUUCCUGGCCAAAAAAAAGUCAUAGAUGGUUAUGAGUUUAUUGGUUUCGGUUCCCAUCAUGAUAGCCUUGUAGUGCCUUAUCUGACGGUGGCGGCGUCCUUGGGUGUGAAGAGAGAGGAAAUCGACAAGUUCCUUACGAUUUUUGAAAAAUGCUGGCAGCAAUUAAACCAAAGCCAUCACAAAUCAGAGAAUUAAUGCUUUUAUUUAACCAAAAUAUUCCAAAUCAUUUAUCAAGAAUAUAAUAAAAACUUAAAUAAAAUGAAAUUAAUCAAAAUACCUUUUUACUAAAUAAAAUACUUGUGCUAGUUUACCUUAUCGAGGGAUGAUGAAAAAUAAAUCAUCACCUCGAGGGAAUG